AUAAUGGCUGUUCAAACUUCAUCAAGUCCCACAGCAGUUUCCGCUCCGCACCAUGACAACGACAAUAAAUGUUUAUUAUUCAUUAAACUUCUUUAGAAACAAAUAAUAAUUAUAUUAUUUACAAAUUAUUUCAUUGUAAUAUUAUACUGUGUUUCUCACAUUACAAUAAAUAUAAGUUAUUGUCAUUUCCUUAUCAACACUAGGUACUACUAUACUAACCACACUCACCACAGUCACCUCACUAACCGCACAGAACGCGGUAAAAUACACAUAAAAUAAUAACAUAAUAUUAUUUUUUAAAUAUUAUAUAGAUAAUAUAAAACACUAUUUAAAGUUUAAAAAGUACCUCAACAAGUACUGGCUUAAACAUAUUGUAAAGUUAAUACAUUCUAAUCGAUCACAAUCAGAAAAGCAUAGUUACCAAAUAAUUGUAUGAAAAACUAAUAGAAGCUGAUUGAAGACCGAUAAGCGAAAAAUGGAGAAGAACUCUUACCUGUGUGACGUAUGUGACAAGUCAUUCAGCCAAAUUGGAAAUUUGAUGAUACAUCGACGUACGCACACUGGCGAAAAACCUUACGCAUGCGAUAUAUGCGACAAAUCUUUCUCUCAAAGUUGCAGUUUAACGAACCAUAAACGCACACACACUGGCGAAAAACCGUAUGCAUGCGAUAUAUGCGACAAGUCGUUUGCUCGAAGUGACAGUUUAACGAACCAUAAACGCACACACACUGGCGAAAAACCGUAUGCAUGCGAUAUAUGCGACAAGUCGUUUGUUCUAAGUGGCAGUUUAACGAAACACAAACGCACACACACAGGUGAAAAACCGUACGCAUGCGAUAUAUGCGACAAGUCGUUCGCUGUAAGUGGCAGUUUAACGAAACACCAACGAACACACACAGGCGAAAAACCGUACGCAUGCGAUAUAUGCGACAAGUCGUUCUCUACGAGUAGCAGUUUGACGACACAUCGACGUACGCAUAUUGGCGAAAAACCAUAUGUAUGCGAUGUAUGCGACAAAUCUUUCUCUCAAAGUGGCAAUUUAACGAAACACCAACGAACACACACUGGCGAAAAACCGUACGCAUGCGAUAUAUGCGACAAGUCGUUUGCUGUAAGUGACAGUUUAACGAACCACAAACGCACACACACUGGUGAAAAACCGUACGCAUGCGAUGUAUGCGACAAAUCUUUCUCUCAAAGUUGCAGUUUAACGAACCAUAAACGCACACACACUGGCGAAAAACCGUAUGCAUGCGAUAUAUGCGACAAGUCGUUUGCUCUAAGUGACAGUUUAACGAAACACAAACGCACACACACAGGAGAAAAACCUUACGCAUGCGAUAUAUGCGACAAGUCGUUCGCUAUAAGUAAUAAUUUAACGAACCACCAACGAACACACACAGGUGAAAAACCGUACGCAUGCGAUAUAUGCGACAAGUCGUUCGCUAUAAGAAAUGAUUUAACGAAACACCAACGAACACACACAGGCGAAAAACCGUACGCAUGCGAUAUAUGCGACAAGUCGUUCUCUACGAGUAGCAGUUUGACGACACAUCGACGUACGCACACUGUUAAAAUGGAGCUCAGAACUUCUCUAUAAAAUGAGAAACCACAAUAAAUGUUUAUUAUUCAUUAAACUUCUUUAGAAACAAAUAAUUUUUUCGAU